AUGGCGUUGGCAGAGCACGAUCCGAAAGAAUAUGGGGUGGAAGAUUUGGUACUUCUAUCCACCAUUGAUUUACCCCACAUUGUUGAUAAUUUGAGACUAAGGUUUUCAAAAAGUCGAAUUUAUACUUAUAUUGGAGAAGUAUUGGUGGCUGUUAAUCCAUAUCGCACUUUGGAUAUUUAUGAGAAACCAACUAUUGAUAAAUACAAGGGCCGUGAGCUUUAUGAAAGACCACCUCAUGCCUUUGCUAUUGCUGAUGCAGCUUACAGAUCCAUGAAACGUUAUGGACGAGACUCAUGUAUUGUUAUUUCGGGUGAGUCUGGCGCUGGAAAAACGGAAACAUCUAAGAUCAUUAUGAAGUAUCUGGCUGCUAUUACUAAUGUCCAACAACAACGCGAAAUCGAACGAGUAAAGAACAUUCUUUUACGUUCUAACUGUAUACUGGAGUCCUUGGGAUGCGCUAAAACGACAAGAAAUGAUAACUCAUCUCGUUUUGGAAAGUACAUGCAAAUUAAUUUCAAUUACAAUGGAGAUCCAGUUGGUGGAAACAUUUCAAAUUACCUUCUUGAAAAAUCUCGAGUCGUCCGACAACAAAGUGGAGAACGAAAUUUCCACGUAUUCUAUCAAUUGCUAAGGGGUUUGGAUGGUGGUCGUUUGAACGAACUUGGAUUAAAGAAUGAUCCCAAAAAAUAUUAUUAUCUCAGUCAAGGAAAUUCUGACAGGGUGUCCAGCAUAGAUGACAGCAAGGAUUUCAAAGAAGUGUUGCAGGCUCUCAAAACUAUUAGCACUAUUAAGCAAGCCAUGAUUGAGAGCUUGUGGUCUACUAUAGCUGCAAUCUUACAUCUUGGAAAUAUCAAUUUUGCUCCUGACGAAGGGUCUUCGGGUGGAAGUGUUGUUACCAACCGAGAUGCUUUGUCUAUUGCAGCCAAAUGCUUAGGAGUGAGUUCGUCUCAGCUGCAAGAAGCUCUUUGUUCACAGGUCGUUGCUGCUCGAGGUGACGUCGUGACGAAAGCUCAUGACGUGAACGCAGCUUUGUAUACGAGAGAUGCCCUCGCAAAGGCUGUAUAUGACCGUUUGUUCUCCUGGGUUGUACAGCAGGUUAACGAUGCUAUAACUGUUGACAACACUUCUCGGUAUAGCAAAACCACAGUUAUUGGUGUUCUUGAUAUCUAUGGUUUUGAAAUUUUCGGAAGCAACAGCUUCGAACAACUAUGCAUUAACUACUGUAAUGAGAAACUGCAACAGCUCUUCAUUGAGUUGGUUCUGAAGCAAGAGCAGGAAGAAUAUGAAAGAGAGGGAAUUCAGUGGAAGAAAAUUGAUUAUUUCAAUAACAAGAUCAUAUGCGACUUGGUAGAACAUCCACGAAACGGUAUCUUAGCUACACUUGAUGAUGCAUGUGCCUCUGUUGGUCGUAUAACAGAUAAAGUUUUCCUCGGUGAAUUAGACAAGAAAAUGGGAAGCCACAAACAUUACAGCAGUCGUGGAGUGAAGCAAACUGACAAGACAAUUGGUUUUGAAGAAUUCAGAAUCACUCAUUACGCUGGUGAUGUUACAUAUGCUGUCAAUGGUUUUAUGGAUAAAAAUCGUGACACCCUUUUCCAAGACUUGAAAAGAUUACUCUAUCAUAGUAAGGAUUCUCUGCUGAGAAGUUUGUUCCCUGAUGGAUCCAAAUCAGUGAGCGAAGUGAACAGAAGACCUCCAACAGCUGGAUUCAUAUUCAAGAACUCGAUGACCCAACUUGUCGCACAACUGGCCAGCAAAGAACCUUACUACAUCCGCUGCGUGAAGCCAAAUGAAGAGAAAAGCAGAUCGGUGUUCGAUGUUGAACGUGUUGAACAUCAGGCGAGAUAUUUGGGUCUACUAGAGAACGUACGCGUGCGUAGAGCAGGGUUCGCUCAUAGAAUGCCAUAUGACCGUUUCAUCAACAGAUAUAAGUUGCUCUGCCCUUCAACAUGGCCCAAUCCAAGACACGGUACACCUCGUGAUAACUGCUCCAAGAUCUUACAACAUGUUGGUGAAUUGAACGAUUGCGUCAAUGGUAAAACGAAGAUUUUCAUCAGAAGCCCUCAAACUGUAUUCAGACUCGAGGAGCUGAGAAGUCAGAAGUUACCUGAUGUUGUUACGUUCUUGCAAAAAAUGGUGCGUGGAUACCAAGCAAGAAGACGAUAUAAGCAAAUUCGUGCAGUUUAUCUCAUUAUGGGCACAUAUCGCAAAUAUAAAAUGAGAACAUAUAUUUUCAGUGUCAUUAACGCAUUCAAGGGUGUUAAGCAUAUGCGAGACUUGGGUAAGAGUGUAAGAUGGCCAGCACCUCCAGUUGUUUUGGCUCCUUUCGUUAAUAAAUUGAAGAUAGUACACGGAAGAUGGAGAGCGGCGACCAUUUUGAGUCGAAUCCCCAAACACCUGCGGGAAUCUUUACCACAAAAAAUCGCAGCUUUCGAAGCUUUGAAUGGCAAAAGAGAUCACUGGGGAUAUCCCAGGUCAUGGAAAGGAGAUUACCUACUUCAACAAGAAGAGCAUGAAGUCGGGAGCUCCAGUUUACAAUACCGUGAGGGUUGUCAUGCAUUAGCCCAAACCCAUCCUUUUGGAAAAGUGUUGUUCAGUACAUACAUUCAAAAGUUCAACAAGUUCAACAAAUCGUCUUUACGUGUGCUUAUAAUUACUGACCGUUUCAUAGCUAAGCUUGAAGCCAAGAAAUUCAAGUUGCUCAAAGAACCUGUACCUUUACAAAGUAUAAGAUGUAUUUCGGUUACCCCGGAACCCAAUGGACUUAUCGUAUUCCAUAUUGGAGAGAACGACCUCCUUGGUUGCACGAAAAACCCCAAAGAUGAAGACAGGAUUGGUGAAGUCAUAGGCACACUGUUUGCUCACAUGGACAGCUUACACUACAAGAGGCCUCCAGUUUACGUAGAGCCCAUCUUGAACUGCUCAUUAGGAGGAAAAGCAAAAGUGAUCCGAGUGUUCCCAGCCGACCAAUCGAGCAUUUCGCCAUUAUUCAAGAAAAAUGGAAACGACGUAGAUUUAAUAUGCCAUACAUUGCAAUCAUGA